CCGGAGGAGGAACCGCAGUCCCGGCCCGGCGCCGCCCCGGAAGCAGCGGGGAAGGCGGCGGUGCCGCCAUGGGCCGGGCAGUGACCGUGGCCACCUGCGCCCUCAACCAGUGGGCUCUGGACUUUGAGGGCAACCUGGAGAGGAUUUUCAGAAGUAUCGACAUCGCCAAGAGCAAAGGAGCUCGGUACCGGCUUGGGCCAGAGCUCGAAAUCUGUGGUUAUGGCUGCUCAGAUCACUAUUAUGAGUCAGACACACUCUUGCAUUCGUUUCAAGUUCUGGAAAAGCUCUUGCAGUCUCCAGCUACCCAAGACAUUAUCUGUGAUGUGGGAAUGCCUGUUCUGCACAGAAAUGUUCGUUACAAUUGUCGAGUGAUCUUUUUAAAUAAGAAGAUUCUUCUGAUCAGACCAAAAAUAUCACUGGCAAAUGCAGGAAACUACAGGGAACUUAGAUGGUUCACCCCAUGGAGCAAAGCAAGGCAUGUGGAGGAAUAUUUUCUACCCAGGAUAAUUCAGGAAGUGACCGGACAGGAAACUGUUCCUUUUGGUGAUGCAGUGCUAGCAACCAAAGAUACCUGCCUAGGGGCAGAAAUAUGUGAAGAACUCUGGGCACCAAACAGCCCUCACAUUGAGAUGGGACUGGAUGGUGUGGAAAUUUUCACCAACUCUUCCGGGAGUCACCACAUGCUGCGGAAGGCUCACGCCCGCGUGGACCUGGUGAAUUCUGCCACAGCAAAGAAUGGUGGAAUAUACAUUUUAGCAAACCAGAAAGGCUGUGAUGGUGAUCGUCUGUAUUACGAUGGCUGUGCCAUGAUUUCCAUGAAUGGAGAAACAGUUGCACAAGGAACCCAGUUUUCACUCGAUGAUGUGGAGGUGCUGGUUGCCACCCUGGACCUGGAGGAUGUUCGAAGUUACAGAGCAGAGAUCUCAUCUCGUAACUUGGCGGCAAGUAAAGUGAAUCCUUAUCCCAGGGUCAAAGUGAACUUUGCUCUGUCGUGUCCUGAUGAUGUAGCUGUUCCUACCUGUAUGCCAAUCCAGUGGAGACACCACAGUCCUGAGGAGGAGAUCAGCCUUGGACCUGCAUGUUGGCUCUGGGACUAUUUAAGGCGCAGCAAACAGGCAGGGUUUCUCCUACCUCUGAGUGGUGGAAUUGACAGCUCUGCCACAGCUUGCAUAGUGUAUUCCAUGUGUCACCAGGUUUGCCUGGCAGUCAAGAAUGGCAAUGCAGAUGUGCUGGCUGAUGCACGCAGGAUUGUGAAUGAUGAGACCUACAUCCCUGAGGAUCCUCGGGAAUUCUGCAAGCGUGUCUUCACCACGUGCUACAUGGCUAGUGAGAAUUCCUCCCAGGAUACCUGCAACAGGGCCAAGCUGCUGGCUGAGCAAAUAGGCAGCUACCACAUCAACCUGAACAUCGAUGCGGCUGUGAAGGCUGUUGUGGGGAUCUUCAGCGUGGUGACAGGUCGAACUCCACGGUUUUCUGUCCAUGGAGGGAGCAGCAGAGAGAACCUGGCACUCCAGAAUGUGCAGGCUAGAAUAAGAAUGGUCCUCGCCUACCUGUUUGCUCAGCUGACACUGUGGGCUCGUGGCAUGCCAGGGGGACUGCUGGUGCUGGGAUCAGCCAAUGUGGAUGAAAGUCUCCGUGGUUACUUGACCAAGUACGACUGCUCCAGUGCCGAUAUCAACCCCAUCGGUGGCAUCAGCAAGACUGAUUUGAAGAACUUCAUUCAGUACUGCAUUGAAAACUUCCAGCUCACGGCCCUCAGGAGUAUCAUGUCAGCUCCACCCACUGCGGAGUUGGAGCCCCUGGUGGAUGGACAAGUGGCUCAAACUGAUGAGGCAGAUAUGGGGAUGACAUACGCAGAGCUCUCAGUCUAUGGGAAAUUAAGGAAAAUUGCAAAGGCUGGACCAUACAGUAUGUUCUGUAAGCUGAUUAAUAUGUGGAAGGAAAUUUGUACUCCGAGAGAGGUGGCAUCCAAGGUUAAGCAUUUCUUCAGGAUGUAUUCGGUGAACAGGCACAAAAUGACCACCCUCACCCCUUGCUACCACGCUGAGAACUACAGUCCAGAUGACAACCGCUUUGACCUGAGGCCCUUUCUCUACAACACCUCCUGGUCCUGGCAGUUCAGGUGUAUAGACAAACAGGUAUCCAAGCUAGAAAAAAAGGAAGGAAUUUCUGUAGCUGAGGAUGUGGACUGACUUCUUGUCUUGUUUAACUCUGGUAACUGAUUUGCCAAACAGAAUGUUCAAAACUGGAUUAUACUGUGAUAAUGAGCAGGAAUGACCUGCUUAACAGUUCUUUAGCUGACCAUUGUAAUCAAUUUUUUUAAAUGACUCCCUGUUUUACUCUCAACAUACUUCAACAGUAGUUUGGGUAAGGAAAAAUUUAUUAAGGAUUUUCUUCAACUUCUUGAGUUAAUUGCCUUUAAUUUAAAAGAAUUGGAUAAUGAUAAAUAAAUCCAGGGUAGUCUUUUGUUUGGUUCUGAUAAUUUGGAUAUGACUUUUGAGUAACAUUCAGCUGAAUGUGUAAAAUUUUAACAGUUCUGGCAUGUGCUGUUGAGGGGGGAAAACCUUACUUUGCAAUAAACUCAUAAUUUUGUCAUGCUAAUUGCCUCA